AUGGCUUCGAAUAAUGAGAUAGCAGAUUUUCGCAAGACUGUCGUUGGACAUCAUGAAUACUGUACUGAUAAAGAACUCCCCAAUGUACCCGAUCGCGCCGACGCCAUGGUAACAACGCCAGAGCCAACUCUAGAAUCAUUCGCCGACCUGGACGAAAAGAAAAUAUUGAGAAAGAUGGACCUCCGCUUAAUUCCAAUGCUUGCGAUUCUCUACUUGUUAUCUUUUUUAGAUAGAGGUAACAUCGGGAACGCGAAGAUCGAGGGCCUCCAAGAAGAUCUGAGGAUGAGUCCCGAUGAGUAUAACUGGUGUUUAACGGUGUUCUUCUUUACAUAUGCCACCUUCGAAGUACCGAGCAAUUUAUUGUUAAAGAAGCUGCGUCCUUCGAGAUGGCUUCCACUUAUCAUGGUUGCGGCUAUGUUUUUCUCAGCGGCAUCAGUAGCUGGAGCAUUUAGUGGGUUGUUAGCUUUUGCUAUCGCGAAGAUGGACGGGGUUGGAAACCUUGAAGGCUGGCGGUGGAUCUUUAUUCUUGAAGGAAUAGCAACAAUCCUCGUCGCUGUUCUUGCAUUCUUUGUACUAUACGACUUUCCCGAGACUGCUUCGUUUCUCACUGAGAAAGAACGGGCGUUUAUUGUAUUUCGCCUGAAGUACCAGGGGCAGCAACAAAGGAAAGAGCACGUGCAGGUUGCGCAAGCAGAGGAGUUCGAGUGGAAAUACGUCCUAGAAGCUUUCAAGGACUGGCAAAUAUGGGUUAACUUAUUCGUUUACUGGGGUGUCGUAUGUCCGCUCUACGGCAUCAGCCUCUUUCUCCCAACAAUUAUUAGGAACCUUGGAUACUCUUCUAGUACUGCUCAGCUUAUGACAGUUCCGAUAUAUGUCACCGCGGCAAUUCUAUCUGUCGUGUUCGCUUUCCUAUCAGAUCGAGUCGGAAAGCGUAGCCCAUUCGUCAUCUCAUUCUUCUUAAUAAUGAUCGUAGGGUUCUCAAUGUGCGUAUCUAGUACCAAUCCUCGAGUAGUCUACGGAGGCGUCUUCAUAGUGGCUUGUGCCAUUUAUCCAGCAUUCCCAGGCGUGGUUACAUGGCUCUCAAAUAACUUAGCAGGUAGCUACAAACGUAGUGCUGGAAUGGCCAUCCAAAUCGGUAUUGGAAAUUUAGGCGGAGCUAUGGCAUCAAACUUUUAUCGACAAGCAGAUUCCCCUCAGUACAUUCUUGGACACGGUUUAGAGUUGGGAUUUAUUGGCGUUGGCGUAAUUGCUGCGGUAAUUCUUGUUGUUGCAUACACUGCUAUUAACAAAAAGCGGGAUAGGAUAAUAAGGGAUGGUGGAGAGGAGCAGUUUACUGCUCAGGAGCUAUCCGCCAAAGGUGAUAAAGCCGUCACAUUCAGAUACAUGAUUUAA